AUGGCGUCUCAAUGGUCAAUCAAGAACUGGGACGCCGAUAGUUUCCUGCAGCAAGCCCUGAGCGAUGCGCUGGAGCGCCACGCAGCGAUUUACGCUUGCGUCUUCCUGCCGCCAGGGCCGGACGGCCUCGAGCUGCUGGCGGCGGGCUACAGCAGCGGCGGCAUCAGGGUGUUUGACUGGCGGCAGGCCUCCAAGCUGUGGCUCAGCUCGCGGCAAGCGGCGCGGCACAGCCUGCACUGGCACGCGCACCCGGGCGGCGUGUACGCGCUCGCGGUCGCAGGGGAAGGGCCGUCCGCGGCGCUGAUCAGCUGCGGCGACGACGGCGCCGUGCGCGGCUGGAGCGUGCGAGAAAUAUGCGAGGUGGUCAAAGAGCAGCAGCAGCAGCAGCAGCAGCAGCAACCGCAGCAGCAGCAACCGCAGCAGCAGCAGCGGCCCGGCGCGGGCCCUCGGGCGCUGUUCGAGGUCACAGUGCCCAGAGCCGACCCGCCCUUCCCCAUAACGGCGUCGGCGCACCCGGCGGCGCAGGCACUUUCAGUCGACCAGGCGCGGGGCGCGGCGUACGUGGGCGCGAGCGACGGCGGAGUGCACUUGUAUGACCUGGGGCGGCUCGGAGAGGGCGGCGGCAAGCGGGGGGGCGGCGGUGCCGCAGCAGGCGGCGGCGGUGGCGGGGCGGGGCCGGCGGCGUCGUUCGCGGGCCACGCGGCGGCGGUGCUGGGGAUGGACUGCUGCGGCGCGACGGGGCAGGUCGCGACGGCGUCGGAGGUGCGGGCUGGGGCCGCGCAUGGAGGAGCCACGAGCGGCUCGGGGAAUCGGGAGGUCGUUUGCAUUGCGGAAAAACAACUGGGGUGA